AUGUCAAACAAACACCAUCGUACAAGUACACUACAACACCGCAAAGACACCGACGGGGAAGCCGCGUUCCUCGCCGAUCCUCUGCCAUCACUGUACUGCGAAGUACGCCAAACGUUUCGCGGCAAGGCGGCUAUUCUUCGGGCCAUGUGGAGAGAUGACCGUAGAUAUUCGAGGGUUGGUCAUGCAUUCUCCAAGUGCGGAUGGAGGGGUGGCAUUGCGGGCGCUGACCAAGUGCCCAGCCGCAGCUUCGUGAAGGGUCGUAUGAUACCGAGGGCUGAGCUGUCGCAGUUCAGGACUAUGCAGGUGCGACUGUUUCUGCGCGUCUCCACACGCAAAUGGAGCAGGUCUGUACAAGUAGUUCGGGCUGCCGCUCCAUGGAGCACGAGGGGCGUCGGCAAGCGCUCCAUCGAUUUUAGCCUAGACGACGUGGUGCAGAAGCAAAAUGAGACAACAGGCGAUUUGACAAUCUGCGGUCAUAAGCGCCUCAUCAACUGCUGGGCCACGCUGAGGUGCGGGACACAGAGGAGUCGCCCUGGUCAGCCGCUACAUGAUUUCCGGAUCGAGGUGUGGUCGCACAAGCUUCGUAGCGGUGUUGUAACCGUUCUCGGUAAGGCCCAGGCCGACACUGGUCGAGCAAGACCACCGGGUGCAGCGCGCAGUAGCAGGUUUGAGCUGCUGCAUUGCAUGGCCGCCUCUGCCUGGGAGCUACGAGAUGGGUGGGUUUUUGUCAGCCCAGGCUCCAGAGUAGGAGCAGCAAUAGCUUUCACGAGUAAUGAACUGUCACAAGCCAGACAGAUCGCACAUGGAGGAGCGAUGCCCAUGGAAAUUGUCUGGCGUGUACAUACCACGAACGGGCACAGUUUCACUGGGCAACAAGCAAUGUCCCUAGAGACACAGUUCUUGCUCGUGUGGAUUCCGACCUGCACCUUUUCUGGAGAGAAAUGCAACAAUUUUGGCCCCAAAACUCCUUGGUGCCAGCACAUACCAAAUCGAGAGGUCCAGGCAGUCGGGAGCUCUCGCGGUUACCUACCUUGGCUGUACCGCAGUGCUGACGCCAACCUCGAGGGCUGGCUGCAUGGACCGUUGGCACAAGGCCACAGUACUGGCAAUACAUCGCACAUACAUGGUAAUUAG